UUACAGUAAAUCCCAUAGAGGUUGACUAUCUAACCUCUGGAACUGCCACACCCACAGGAACAGAAACGCCCUCUAAUCAUAUGUCCCCGCCCCCGUCAUAUCACGAUAUUCCUGGCACUGUUCCAGCACACCAGGGCGUGUCGCGGGGCCCGCCCCCAUCAUAUGAAGAAGCAGUGGAUCCAAAUGCUGAGCCCCCCUCCUACGACUCCCUGUUUGGUCGGAUCCGGGAUACGCACAAAGCUUCAAGAAAUGUCAUAGAUUUUCUAAUCAAGGUGAUAUUACUGCUUUUGGGAACAAUAGGUUGCACAAUAGCGUGCAGUAUAACCAUCAUAAUACCUGUAGCAAUGAUAGUAGUUGGUUCAGUAUAUUUCCAUGAGUGUCCUGCAGAACCCUACAUUCCUAUAUUUCUAAUUGUCGGAGGAGCGUUCUCCGUGUUUAAAUAUCUGAUUGGAGUACUCACCAGGGUUAGAAGAGCAGAGACAGGAAAUGAUCAGGAUUCGUUUGAACCAAAUCAUCCUGUUCAAAGUCUCAUUACAUUCUUUCUUUGUGGCUGGUUCAUCACAGGGUGUGUAUGGGUGUACAGAAUAUAUUGGCCUAACACAGAACCAGCCAGAAUAACUGAUCUCAACUACUGUAACAGGAUUGUAUAUAUCUUUGCAUUUUGGUUGAUCACUACGGCAUACAUUUUUCUGGGUCUGUUCACAUCUUGCAUUUGCUGCUUUUCCAUUGUUUCAGUUCUCCUCAAAAGGGAUUAUUAAACUAACCUCAAACGUCAAAAGGGACUUUGAAGCAUUGCUUUGCGGGACGAGACGACUUCCCUCGAAGAGAUAAAUUUAAACAAAUUUGUCAGUAAUUAGCAGACAGACAAAUCUUUUGAAAACAAAAACAGAUUUUUCUGUAAUUUUUACAUUUUACUAUUAGUGAAUUAUUUCGGAAUGUCUUACAAAAGAAUAGAAUAUUUAUUUACUGCUGUUGAUUUGAUACUCCCCCUCCCCCCUUCACUGCGGAUGUUAAUAGUAAUGUAUUUGCCCCUCUUUCGACCUUAUCUUUAUUUUGAAAUUAUCUCUCUAAACAAAACGAAAAUCUUUUACGAAACCCCUUGAUUAGAAUACAUCCUAAGAAUCUCAAAAUAAAAUUGUUCUUUUUGUUUCGCAUUUACUAUUUUUCUAUUCGGCGUUUAUUUGAAGCUUGCGAAUGAAAUUUGUCAGUAAUUUAAUGAUUUUACAAUUGAUGUGUUUUCUCUUUGCUUUAAGCUUAAAUAUCUGAUUGUGUCUAAAUAUACAGCACGAUUUACUGUUAAUGAAAACCCUUAAAAAUCUUAUAUUAAAAUAAAUUUAUUUAUUUUUUUGAAACAAAAUGUAAAAAAUUAUCUUCAAAUCAAUAGUUUAAAUAGUAACCAACCUCCUUAAACCCUGUAAAUUACUAUUUUUGUUGAAGUGAUCAUAGAAAAGCAAAAUGAAUGUGAUUAAUAUCAUUUAAAAUUUGUCAAACACUGAACGUACAUUGUACAAUGUACAUAUUAUGUGAAAGUUACUGUGAAUAAUUUUUGUAACACUGUAAUAUAGAAAAUAUUUAAAUUACAACAUAGUGUCAAACAGUCACCUGACACAUAUAAAUAACACCAAAUAUUAAUCAGCGCUCAAACAUUAGUCACGAUACAGUCCUAUUUUAAAUAAACUGGAAUAAUAUCUUAUGAUUGAAGACUUUGAAGUCGUCUUUGACCUUAGAAGUAGUUUGCAGCAUUCGCAUAGGUAACCUGAAUAUAGCCAUGUUUAUUUAUGAAACAAAAAUCAUAGAAUAUAGCCCUAGUCCAGAGUCCUGUUAUUUUCAAAAUGUGGUCUGCCAUUUUUGUGCUUUCAUUAUUACCGGAGAUAUGAUUUCGUUCAGAAUGAGACAUUUUCAUCGUUUUAUUUCAUAAACUGAAAUCUAAACAAAUUCUUAAUAUCUCUGGUAUUUUUGAGAGCAAAACAAUAACAGACCACGUUUUGGAAAGGGCAGGAUUAGGGCUAUUGUUAUAAUGAAUGUCGCAAGCUUUUUCUAAGGUCAAAGACGACUUUUAAGUUACCACUCAAGUUAUAUUAUUAUAUCCAAAAUCCAGUGGUAAACAACCUCAUCAUUCCAAUUACUUUAGAAAAUAAUUCGCACUAAACACGUCACACAUUCUUAAGAAGUAGCAUGGUAAAAUUCAAUCAAGACCAAAUUCAAACAUGACAUAAAUCUUAAAUCGCUUUUUAAUCGUUGCCUCAAUAUAAUUUAACAAGUCGUGAUCGCUUUCUUUUAUAAAUUGCAUCCAUACACCGGUGUUAUAUACAUGUAACGUACAAAAAUACACUCAUGUACACAGUUCAAUGUACACAUUUCAGGUCACCGGACACUGUACACAACAAAUAGUACAGUACGCUAAUGUACACAACACACUGUACACUAAAGUACACAGUACAGUGAGCUUGACACUGUACAUGAAUGUUUCAGA